AUGCCCGUCUCGUCACCAUCGCAUGUCAUCCCGCCCCUCAAAUUUGGAGAACUAGCCAAUAUUGUCUUUUCUCUCUCUACACUAUCUUUGAACUGGACUGGGUCUCUGAAACAAACCGGCAAAUCGGCCUGGGAAGUGGCGUAUCGGCCAUUAUCCAUGUCUAUGAAUGAAAUUGUGCGUCUAGGCACGCUACCUCGAUCGAAAAUCCCCACCGUGACGUACGACAGAGCGUCGUUGUACUUUGAAGCCCUAGCAGAGCUACAUAUUUCACACCUCGAACACCAAAGGAGCGAUGCUAUAGACUCGGCCGACGACUGCCGGCGUAAGUUUGUUGCUAGGUUCUUAUUUCGGAAACUUGUCCGAGAUCGGGCGCUUAGGGACAGAUGGAUGUCUCAUGAGCAUGGCCCAUUUCCAGUUUGGUGCGACGACUUCCGACCACAGAAUGUCAUGGUCGAUAAAGCUGAAAAGGUCGUUGGGUAUGAGAAACGGCUUCAGAUCCUCCUUCAGGCAAUGAUGUCUUGCGAAGAGGACGCGUACCAGACUCGAAACGAACGACUCAAAGAAAGCCAGCGACUCUCUAGUCGGAUGCGACAUAGCUGGAAGAGCGGAGACUUUUGGAUCAUGUAUGCUGCAAGGAACAAUAUCGCCUUUGACGCCAUCUAUUGGAACAAGAUCGAUCAGCGAUUCUUCGGGUCCAGUACAUCUGACGACAACAUAUGCGAUGUAUGGAAGAAAAGACUUCAUCUCUUGGAACCUGAAGAAAAGGAAAUCAUGGUUAAAUAUGUGGAUUUGAAGCUUCAGGAGAAUGAGACAAGGCUUCUCUCUUGGGACCCAGAUCAGUAUAUCCUAGAUCAUAUGGCCAAGAUGGGAGCUUGA